AUGAGUGGUACUAGAAUCAUUUUCUUUAUCCAAUCGUCAAAUACGUCAAGUCUUAUUAUUGAAAAAGUUCCAUUUGUUAUACCAUUUGAAAAACGAGUUAAAUUAUUUAAAAUUCUUAUCAAUGAUGGUAGUACAUAUAAUCGUAAUCCAUUUCGACGAAUAUAUAAUAUGUCUAAUCAACCAAGUGUUUCUCUUGUUGUUCGUCGAACUCAUUUAUAUGAAGAUGGUUUUGAGAAAUUAUCCAAAGAAAAUGCACCCAAUUUACGUCAACGUUUAAAAGUGACCUUUUUAAAUCCAACUGGUUUAGCUGAAGUUGGUAUUGAUGGUGGUGGUUUAUCAAGAGAAUUUCUUACUGAAAUUAUUCGUGCUGGUUUUGAUCCAACUAGAGGAUUUUUUAUUUAUGCAUCAGAUAAAACUUUAUAUCCAAAUCCACAAGCAUCUGCAAUUACAUUGGAUUAUUUAAAGCAUUAUUAUUUCUUAGGAAGAAUUUUAGCAAAGGCAAUUUACGAAGGUGUGCUUGUCGAACUUCAGUUCGCGUAUUUCUUCUUGGCGAAAAUUGUUAGUCGAAGUGGCGGUGGCGGAGUCGGCUUUGAUUAUCUACAUUCACUUGAUCCUCAAUUGUAUAAACAAUUAUUAUUUUUAAAAAAUUACAAAGGGGAUGUACGAGAUUUAUCGUUAGAUUUCACUAUGGUUCAAUCAAUUUUUGGUCAAUCUGAAACGAUCGAAUUGAAACCAGGUGGUAAACAUAUACCAGUUACUGAAGAAAAUCGUGUUGAAUAUGUACAUUUAAUUGCGAAUUAUAAAUUAAAUAAAAUGAUUUAUCCACAAGUACGAGCUUUUACUGCUGGAUUAAAUGAUGUCAUACCAAUUGAUUGGGUACGUCUUUUUGAUGCAGAAGAAUUACAAACUCUUAUAUCUGGAGCUGAUAUGGUAAUCGAUGUGAAUGAUUUAAAACAGCAUACAUUCUACAUUGGAAGAUCCUGGAGUCCAUGUGCGCUAUUGAUUUCGAAUCAGGCUUUUCCAACUCUCCCUGUCCACCAAUCCGGUUAAAGCACCAGACAUUCUGUUUCCGUCCUCUCAAUUACAUAAACAACCCCCCUCCGCUGUGGAAAGGCAGUGAAUAGGACGUCCCUGGUAGUGGUUGUAUUAACCACGUGGUCAUUUGAGAGCAUUUCGAAAGGGAGAGUUGACUCUCCCCACCCUUGGCUUAACCAGGGCGUUUAGAUGUUCUUGAAUCAAAUCUCUUCUGCUGUUGUUGUUUUUAAAUGUUAUUAUUACUUCAAGAAUCGAAGAAGCAGCUUCAAUAAAUUUCUCAUCAUCAUCAUCUUCAUUUUCUUUAUCAUAAUUUUUCUUCUUUUUUUUUUCUUUUCUUUUUUCAAGAUUCAUUAAAUUAUACUGAAACAUUAGAUUGUUUUUGGUCAGUAUUACAUAAUUUUUCUGAAUCUGAUAAACGUUCAUUUUUACGUUUUGUUACUGCAUGUUCACGUCCACCAAUGUUUGGUUUUCGUGAAUUACAACCACCAUUUUCAAUACAAAUUACUGAUGAAAUUGAACGUUUACCAACUGCAAGUACAUGUACAAAUUUAUUAAAAUUACCUAAUUUUCGUAAUAUGAAACUAUUACGUGAACGUUUAUUAUAUGCAUUAAAUGCAAAUGCUGGUUUUGAAUAUGGUUAAAUUCAAUCAAGUAAAAUGAUGAUGUUUGUUUAAUUGUUUACUUACUUACUUACUUGUUUGUUUGUUUUUCCUUUGUAAACAUUCAUGUAUCCAUUCACUUAUCAUGUUGAUAUUUUCUUAAAUUUAUCAAUUGAGUAGAAGAUUUCGCUUUUUUUUUCUUUUUUUUCGGUUUUUUUUUAUAUAAAAAUUUCUACUAACAUUAUCAAUACUACUGUAUACUUAAGUAGUAGUAGUACUACUACUACUAACAUUUUGGUUAUAAUCAUUUGAAUAUAAUAAUCAUCAUUAUCAUUAUAAUAAUAUGCAUAUAUUUAUAUAUGGAUGUUGGUGAAAUUCGAAUUUUCACAGUUGAAUUCAUGAAUCGAUCUCAUUUAGACCACUAUGGAAUACCUGGAAGCAUUGAAUGGCUGACUCGUUGUUGUCAGUCAGCUACAAUGUAGAACCAGGCACAUAUAUACAUCGAUCCAAGUAGUCUGUAUCUACGAACAUGGCUCACACCAGAAGUUAGUGACUUCAAGCACUGAAGCCACGUUUUGGUUUGGCCGCCCUAACUUUCUUCCAACCAUCCCCAACACUAGUCAGCAUUGCGCGUCGUGGUAAUCGGUGUUCAGGCAUACGUAACAUGUGAUCCAACCAU